AUGCACGACAUCGAAAGGAGACCCCUUCACACACAUAUUGAAGCAAGAAGUACAACUGACAAGGACACCAGCUGCAGCAUUGUCACCACAAAGUGCAAAAUAAUGAACCCGAGUUUACCCGUAUGUAUUGCGAUCAAGAAAUGUGCGACCAUGCAUGAUUAGAGCUC